CAACUUCCGGUACCACAGUUUUUACUUCCGGUCACCAGUGUGUCAGGCAGGAAGGUUUCGAUCGUAAACAUCACCACAAGAUUUUAACAGUAAGGAAAAUCGUCAGGUGACCUUAAAGCACUCAUGAGCAGGACUUCUACUCCUCUCGAUGACAGUGUGCACUUAGAAGAAAUGGAUUACUUUCCAGACUCAGAUACAGCUCAGAUCAUUUCUCCGGACAGAGAAGAUGGUCAAGAGGAUGGUGUCAAUAACAGUGUUUCAAAUACUAGUGCAAGUGAUUCGUGUAAGACAACGGAUGAAAAGGGAGCUCCUAUUAUCGGGAAGAGGAAAGCUUACAUAACAGUGGCAACUCUUCUGUUUAUAAAUUUGCUAAACUAUAUGGAUAGGUUCACGAUAGCAGGUGUUCUGAAACAGGUGCAAGAUUACUAUCAUAUCGACAAUUCUGAAGCAGGAAUCAUUCAGACAUCUUUUAUCAUAGCAUACAUGAUCUUCUCACCUAUUUUUGGUUACCUCGGGGAUCGCUACACAAGGAAAUACAUCAUGGCAAUAGGAAUUCUUUUGUGGUCUGGAUUCACUCUAGGGGCUUCUUUUAUCGGAGACAAGCAUUUUGGAAUAUUUGUACUGAUGCGAGCUUUGGUUGGUAUUGGAGAAGCCAGUUAUUCUACCAUUGCUCCAACUAUCAUUGCUGAUCUAUUUGCUAAGCAGAUGCGAACACGCAUGCUUAUGGUCUUCUACUUUGCCAUUCCUGUUGGCAGUGGCCUGGGAUUUAUAGUGGGAGCCAAUGUUGCUGAACUGUUUCAUGAUUGGAAGUAUGCUUUGAGGGUGACACCUGGCCUUGGUCUCAUCUGCGUGGUGCUCAUUAUUCUCUUCUGCCAGGAGCCGGUACGCGGCAUGUCUGAGGGUGGCACCCAUCUGCACGCUACUGACAUAUUGACAGACCUCAAAUCUUUGUUCAAAAACAAGAGCUUUAUGCUGUCUUCUGUUGGCUUUACAUGCGUGGCUUUUGCAACUGGUUCUCUGGCAAUCUGGGCCCCAACUUUUAUGACUGAUGCUAUUGCUUCAAAUGGAGGCAAACGGGAUGAUGCAUUGGUGUCAUUGGAGUUUGGUGUCAUAACAGUGGUUGCAGGAUUUCUUGGAGUGUUCCUGGGUGCAGAAGGGGCUCGUUGGUAUCGGCGCUACAACAAGCAAGCUGAUCCUCUGAUCUGUGCCUUUGGCCUCCUGAGUUCUGUCCCCUUCCUAUUCUUUGCCCUCACCCUGGCCAAAAUCAGCCCACCUGCCACUUGGUUUCUGAUAUUUGUUGGCGAGACCUUGCUUUGUCUCAACUGGGCAUUAACAGCAGAUAUCCUGUUGUAUGUGGUCAUACCUACACGACGAUCAACUGCAGAAGCCAUGCAGAUUCUACUGUCUCAUGCAUUUGGUGAUGCUGGUAGUCCAUAUUUAACUGGAGCAGUGGCAGAUGCACUGGCACCCUAUUUUGGGGGGAGCAGCACAAGUCCAUCUGUACAGUUUGUCACAUUGCAGUACGCGCUGUACAUGACAGCCUUUGUAUGUGUGCUAGGGGGCGGAGCGUACUUGGCCACAGCCAUUUACAUCGAGGGAGAUAAACAAGCUGCAAAGCAACAGACACAAGCAAUUCCUCAGGAAGACGACGCUGAUGAUCUUGUCGUCAAUUGCCCUGCUAUAGACAGCGGAACAACUCCAGUGUUAUAGCCCAUUAGAUAGACAGAAAUGGUAGAGAGAAUUGGCACCCAAGAGGUUCGAGACUACAGUUAUUCCAGUCCCAUCUAGUUAUGAGACAGGCAGCAGCCAGCAUCUUAAAGUACCAGCUAGUGACUACAAAAGCAAAGAUCGUUCAAGUUGACAUAUAUCUGAGUUGUCAAGAGUUGUGUUUAGUAUUAGUAUAUCUAUAAAUAUCCUGUACUAUUGAAGGCAUCUGAUAAUAUUCUUUGUUUAAAAAAAUUCUAGUCCUUCAUCCUCAAUACAUGGAAUUUGUGUAGAGGCACUAUUAUCACUUGUUUAUGUACUAUAAAAGAAAGCUUCAUUUAAACUUUCUAUAAUUCUGGUAGUGAAAAGUGUGUGCACAUUUAUCAACUCUAUAGUUUUUCUUAGUUUAAAAAAAAAAAUCAGCUAAACAAAAAUCUUGAAACUUUAAACCACUGUAAAGAGUUAUGUGGAUACUUAUUAAUAGUCAUUUCCCUGAUGCGUGCAAAUGUGUAUUUGUGUGCACAUUUAUCUCAGUAUACUGUUAUAAGCCUGAUUCUUGCUGUUUAUGAGUAGAAGUUUGAGGUUCAUUUUUUGUUUCAAAGGGUUUGAAAUAGUUUAUUCUGUAAACAGUGAUGAAUGAAAUACUCAUAUGGCAAGGAUGCAAAUCUGUCUCCUGUUUCCUUAAAUACCUGUUCUCCGUAAGUGCUGAAUUAUGAUAUCUGUGGAUAACAAGAAUUUUUAGCAUUAUUUAUUUCAGGGGCAAGUUGAUGUCAGCUGACUUAUUUUUUAAAAUAACUGAAAAUUGUCUGUCCUGUUAUGUUUUACUCUCUCUGGUAAAUUGGACAGUUAUGGAGUAAUGCAUACUCUGCUGAACUGCGUGCAUGUCUGGAUGGAAGCAUGCUUGUAAUAAGUGUUUGAUAGUGGUGACAAUACGUUUGAUUGUCCAUGUACAUAAUGUAUGCCUGCUGAUCUUGUUGACAGAAUGCUGUUCACUCAUGUAAACGAGGAACAUGUUACAUCUUGAUACUUAACAUUGAUGGAAUGCAGUAUUAAAGAGAAAGUUCACUUAAAAACCAUACAGUGUUUAAAUGAGGGAUAUUGACAUUCUCAGUCUUAAGAACUUUACUUAUGAUAGCAUUUGAAACACAGUUCUGAAUUAGUUCACAGAAGCUGCCAUGUUUUAUCAAGGGAUAUCAGAAGUGCAAUUCUUCUGCAACAGCUCACUCUUGUUCUUCUAAGUGUGGUUGUCAAAAUGCAGGCACCAUGGAUUUGGGGAUCAUAUGUAUAAUUUUAUACCAAGAUUACAAUAUUACAAGAACCCUGGCAAUGCACAGGGUAAGGUUAUAAAUAUUAACAUGGAAUGCCCACAUAUCUCAUGUCUGUUAGAGAGGCAGUCUUUUCCACAGAGAAACUUGUUAUGCGAGUGAUUUCUGAGUGAAACAAGAAUCUCUAUUGAACAACAAGAAGCAUAUGCUUUAUACUGGAACCGCACAUGCUGAAAAUUAGUGAACAGAGAGGUGCAUGAUGCCAUUAGGGAGGCAAAGAAAAGACGCAAAAAUAAAGUUGAGUCGCAGUUCAGUAGUGGCGACCUUAGGGCAGCUUGGCAUGGUAUUAAGAACAUGUCUUCUGUCAAUAACAAGAAAAACACUCUUAAAAAAUCAGUGGCACUUGCAGGCAUUAUGAGUGAUCUUCCCAAUGUGCUUAAUUCUUUUUAUGCCCACUUUGAGAAACAUGACUUCUCUCACAAGGUUUCCACACUAAAACAGUCUCUGGUCCCUGAGCAUGAGUUAGUGAUUGCUCAGUCCUCUGUCAAAGAUCUCUUGAGGCGAGCAAGUGUUAACAAGGCUCCAGGUCCAGACAGAAUCUGUGGACACACCCUUCAUUAGUGUGCCGAACAACUUAUUGGAGGUUUACAACAUCUGUUCCAGCUGUCUGUGGAUUCUGGUCACAUUUUUGAUAUUUGGAAACUUUCACCCAUUGUGCCUCUCCCUUAAAUUACUAGGCCCAGUCAAUCCAACAACUUCAGACCAGUCACUCUUAAAUCAAUCAUCAUGAAAUCACUUAAGAAAAUUGUAAGGAGUAAGGUUAUGACUGCUCUUGAUCCACAUCUUGAUCCGCUGCAGUUCAUCUAUGGAGCUGGAUGAGGUGUACUAAAUACUCUGUAGAAGCAUCUGGAGAAACCCAGAGCUCAUGCCAGGCUUCUCUUCACUGAUUUUUUUUUCCUGCUUUUAACACUAUGCAACAUCACUUGUUGGUGGAGAAUCUUGUUUCAGACUUUUCAGAUCUGUCUCACCAACUCUCUGGAUUCUGGAUGUUUUAACAAACAAACAACAGAGAGUUUCUGUUAAUGGUCUUCCCUCAGAUCCUGUUGUCACCUGUACAGGUUUCCCUCAAGGCUUCUGCUUGUCUCCACUACUGUUCAUAAUAGUUGUAGAAGCACUUAGGUUAGGGGCUUUCUUGUAAAAUUUGCUGACGACACUGCCUUGCUGUCUCUUUUAUAUGACUGUGAACACGUUCAUAGUGGUGCUCUUCCUGUUUGCUGGUGUGAUGAACACUUUCUUGUCUUGAAUGCUUCAAACUAAGGAAAUGAUUUUCAACUUUUGGAUGAACAGACCUCAGGCAAUCAUCAGUGUUAUCCCUGAUGAUGCCAUUGAGGUAGUUGACUCUUACAAAUAUCUACUAUCUUUGAUAACAAGCUUAGAUGGGACUGUCAUGAUCCACCAUAAGAGCCAACAAUAUCUGUAUCUCCUACGGAAACUCAGAUCUUUCUCCGUCAGCUCUGUCCUCCUCACUCGGUUCUAUUAGUCCUUCAUUGAAAGUCAUCACUUUUUCUUUCAUCUCUUGGUACCCUAGGGAACAGAAACAGUCUUGUCUUCCUUAUUAAUACUUAUUCUAAGAUUACCGGAACAAGCAGAGGGAUUUGGCAGCUUUUUUGUAAAUCCUCAGUAAGGCAUCAUGCAUCCUCUCUAUUCCUGAUCAAACGUUGGCAUGUGACUUUUCAGUCUAGCCGUCUGGCCGCAGGUACACAAAGCCUGUAUGCAGAGCCAAUCGUCACUGCAAUUCAUUCAUUCCAUUUACUUGAUCAACUCUACUGUCCGUGAUCUUGUACUAGCCUGAGGUGAUCUGGAGUCACCAACUGUAUCUGCUGUUGGGAAUAUGUGUGUGCAUGUGGGAGAGAGAAUGUGUGUGUGUGAGACACUAUUUCAACAUGUACAUUUAUAUUAUCUUUUAUAUCAUGUAUAUAUAUAUUAUUGCUAGUACGAGCACUAUUUUGAAUUGCCCUUUGGGAUCAAUAAAGUUGUAUUGUAAGAAUGCUAAUUGUAUAAUACAACAAACGUUCUUCUGGAUCAUUGUGUUGAAUUGGGAAUGGAAAAAGAAUUUGUAAAGAUUCUUGCAUACCAAUAAAGCCAGUGUCCCUCGUGUACCUAUUGUCUCAAUCAAGACCUUGACCCCAGCCAGAAUGAUGAGCUCAGCAUUGCUCUUUCCUUGUCAAAUCAUGCCUGCUAAUUGUCACCUUGCUCUCCACCAUGAAAAACAUGGCAGACUUAAUGAACCAUACUGGGGCUGUGUUUAAGAUGCAGUUGUAAGGAAAUCAUCUUUCACAACCUGACAUUAUGAGUGAAAAAAUAUGGAAUGUCAGUAUCCAUGAUUUAAGCCCAACAUCUUAGUUCAAGAAUAUUCUUUUCAUUUUCAAAUGUGGGAGAAAUACUGCUUGUCUUUGUGGUCAUUCUUGCCUUAUUGAUGUGUGCAAAAUGUGUAAGAAAUCAUCUUUAUUUUGUAAAAAGAAUGUCAAG